AUGCAACAGGCUGUCGUCAACUGUGUGGAGGCCAAAUCUCUGGUAUUGAGGCAGCGGUACAUGCAGCUAGAUCAACCUUCGAGUCAAGUAGCACUACAGAACAUCAGACGCCUUUGCCCACCUAUCGCCACCAUCCUCAUUAACUCUUAUAGAAACUCCACUGAGCUCUUUGUUGAUGGAGAAGUUAUCCUAUCCCAAGAAGCAACUGAAGAAAAGAGAGGUCAGGACAACAGGAACAGACAAGAAGAAGAAGCAGCCUCUAUACAUCAACAGCUACCGGACGGGCUCCAGAAGGCAGUGGAGCUAUCCAAGACAAAAGGAGCCUCCACUUGGCUCACGGUUCUCCCACUAUCGGAACAUGGAUUCACACUACACAAGUCGGCCUUCCAAGAUGCCCUAGCACUACGCUAUGGCUGGACCCCAACUCGCUUGCCCUCCAAAUGUGACUGUGGCAAAAACUUCAAUGUGGAGCAUGCCCUCUCCUGUGCCAAAGGAGGGUUUCCUACGUUAAGGCAUAAUGAAAUAAGAGAUACCACAGCAUCCCUUCUCACGGAAGUAUGCAGUGAAGUGUGUGUAGAGCCCAACCUACAACCUGUGAGCGCGGACCAACUAAACGGGGCCUCAGCGAACAGCCAAGAAAACGCACGUUUGGAUAUAUCGGCCAAUGGUGUCUGGGGGGGAAGAUUCCAAAAAACAUACUUUGAUGUGAGAGUGUUUAACCCCCUCGCCCCCUCCAACAGAAACCAGUCACAUGCAGCAACAUACAGAAAACACGAACUGGAAAAGAAACGGGCUUAUCAGCAAAGAGUUGAACACUCCUCUUUCACACCGUUAGUUUUAUCCGUUACAGGAGGCAUGGGCGUAGAAGCAUCACUCUUCUACAAACGCCUGAGCUCACUACUUGCCCAGAAAUGGGACAUCACCUACAAUAAAACUCUAUGCUGGCUAAGAUGUCGCCUAACGUUCUCCCUCCUAUACGCUCAGCCAUCCAAGCAAUUAGAGGCGCUAUAUCGUCGGUGGGACAUGCAGCCAGGACACCCAUUGAGAUCGACCUGAUCUCAGCAGAAUCCCAUCUCACAGGACAUAUAAAAAGGAUGACUAGCCCUAAAUGGCCACGUACUGUCUUUGGAUGUCCUGAUCAUGCAGUCUAUACUUUCAGGAUGCCAAGAUGUUCAAGGGGGAGAAGGGGGAAGAUUGAGGUCAUCCCAAUAUUUGCGCUGGUGUUACACUGACUAACACUAACAAUUGCAUGUUUUGCUGCAUUUACAAGCAGCCAAUCUUGAAGGCGAUUAGCCUUGAUUGUUCAAAAUUUAUUCUACAUCUACAUUGAACUAACUUCUAUUCUAUUUGCCAUGCAUUUCUUCUUCUUAAACUGUUCAACGGUAACUCUUUUUACAGUUAGGACCAUAUAUUUCAGUGGGGAAGAGUGAAAUAAUUUGUCUGGGGCAGACCAAAUUCGGGGCGGACUAAAUCUUUCGUGACAGGCCACGCCCAUCUACAACUUUGGCUUGUUACACAGCCUCAAAUGAACCGCGGAGUAAAGCGGAUGUUAACUACCUUCGUUUUUAAUCCCUCCUUUUCCUAUGGGAGGUGAUUCCGCCAAAAUUAGCAGUUGCAAAAAUAGACUAGGUGAUGCCGUGUUUUUUUUUACGGAGGUGCGUUUAUAAAAAAUAGGUGCUGUUUUUUUACAGAGGUGCGUUUUAAAAAAUUAAGGUGGUGCAAUUUUUGAUUAACAGAGGUGCAUUUUGCAGGGAGGUACAUUUUUCAGUGAGGUGUAUUUUUCAGAGAGGUGCACUUUUCAGAGAGGUUUUGUAGCCAUGUGUUUUGUAGAGAGGUGCAUUUUAUAGGGUGCAGAGCACACUAGCUUCGUUCCCAGGCCGAUUUUUUUCUAAGAAACGGAAAGGGGGACAAAGGUCUGGUGAUUUUCAACAACAAAUUGAAGUUGUUGUCGUCCAACUCUGCCAGACAUGGGUGUGUCUAAUGUUACGUCCCAAUUAUCUUGAAGAGCAUUUUAAGUAACCAGCAGCUGCCUCCUUAUCUUCUUCACUCAAUGUACUUAUACUGCUCUGUGUGACAAAUUCCCUGUAUAUACACCAACUCUUAAGCCAGAAAGCGAGACUCUAACAUGCAGUACUUGCAUUUCAGAAAUCACUCUGUCCAGCGCUUGUCAUACUAUACUUCACUCAAACUCAGAGAGACAAUUUUUGCAAAAUCAUGUGUCAUGUGACCAAAUCACAUGACCAUCAUUAUGAGUAGAGUUGACUGAAAAAAGCUGCAAAACGUACUCUCCGAAAAUGCACCUCUGCACUUCACCGAAAAACGCACCCUCUCUGAAAAAUGCACCUCUCUAAAAAACGCACCUCACUGAAAAACACACCCUCUUUGAAAAAUGCACUUCUCUAAAAAAAUUACACCACCUAUUUUUAAAACACACCUCUGAACAUAAUUAUUUUGGCGGUAAUCACCUCCCAUAUUUUCCUGGCUCGUAUAUACGGUGUGUCUUGCUUCGAUCCCAGGCCGCAACUAUAUCAUCAUCAUGCCUAGUUCUGUUUACUUGGAAUAUGCCAUUGCAGCCUCCUUCAGAAGAGUGCAUGGGUAGCAAAACCUAUCCAUGGAGUGUUGCUCUACUUAGACUCCCAAUGACAAACAGUUAAUUUAUCUUGCAACAGUGAUGGCUUUGCAACAGUGACGUCUUGCAAGUCUAGCUCUACUUAGUAGUUAGCUCUGCACUAUAGAACACUAGCUACAAGAGUGAGAAGAGGAGCUGCAAGCCUCUAAUGUAAACCAUUCAUUAGACUUUGGACUUGAGCAUCUUUUUUUAGCAACGUCCAUGCUCAUCACCCACUCGGCUUUGUGAUUCUGCCCAGAUGCUUCUGCCUAGCCUGCAUGGUGCUAUGCAGCUGAGCAAAAUUAAUGCAUCAGAUAUCAUGUGUGUAUUAGCAAUAGCUAGUAGCUUUAAUUUGGCACAUCUCCACGUCACCGAGGCAUCAGACCCGCGGUGCUCUAAUUCAUUGUAAUCAAGUAGUAUUAAUUGUGAUGUGUCAUCACUGUUAUACUUGUUUUGUCAAUUAUUAGUAUAACGUACCUGUCUCCUUUGUGCACAAUUGUUAGUUAAGUAGCGUGUUUGAGUGAACUAAGUCAAGACACGACAGUUCCUUCGUACGUACAUAUACAUGUAUUUUUGUGUGUAAUAAUACAAUGUUUACUGUAUUAAUUUAAUUACUCUCAUUAUUACAGUGGAACCCCUCUAUAAUGGACACCUUUGGGGAACAAUGUUUUGGCCUUUAUAUAGGGGUGGCCUUUAAUUGUUGAGAGGUUGUCUUAUACACAAACUGUUCAUUUGGGACCUGGGUGCCUGGCCGUUAUAUAGCAGCUGGCCUUUUUUGGAGGUGGUUGUUGUUAACAGAGGUUCCACUGUACUACCCUGCUGCAUAUAUUAAUUAAAAAUGCAUGCACUUGUGCAGUUUUGAUCCCAGGCCAAUCCGUCUCCAAUUGAACGCUAGGUCACCUCCUAGCGUUCAAUUGGAGACGGAUCGGCCUGGGAUCGAAGGCUAGAGCCGCCCCCAUAUCACAGACAACUUUAUUAUGAGGUCAAAGUUCAUGAACAUAAUUAUUCCUGUGAAUGCAAAAUGGAGCUCGAAGUUGCUCAAGUUGUAUCCAAAGUAACGGUGCACGACUUUGUCCUGGACUACUGUGACAGAAUGGAGUGGGCUCCAGGAAAGAUGGAUGACAGUCUCUACUGGGCAGUUGGUCAGGGAGCAGGAAUUUAUGUGGGCACACUAAAUGAACAGCCCAUUACCGGUGUGGCCAUAUUUCAGCACAAUGAGAGCUAUGCCUUUAUUGGUUUGUAUUUCUGUGAGGAGCAACAUCGAGGCAAAAGCUAUGGGCUCAAAACCUGGAGAGUGGCUAGAGCAUCUUUGAAUCCUGACAUCAAUCUGGUUUUGGAUGCAGUACCUUCUGCAGUUUCGUUAUAUGAAAGAGAAGGCUUCAAAAGAGCAUGGACAUCUAGUUUCUAUGCUCUCUCGACCAAAACUAUUGUUCAAGAAUAUUCGAAGCAUCCGGCUAUUUUGCUGCGUAAAAGGGAAGUUUGUACUGUGCCUGCUAACACUGUUGAUUUUCAGAAACUGAAAUCUUACGUUGAAAAUGUGAUUGGUAUUGCAUUUGCUCGAUCUGACUUUCUUAAUCUGUGGAUAACCUUACCAUCGCACACAGCUCUAGCUGCCCUGAAUGAGAGCCAAGACGUUGUAGGUUUUGGUGUGAUUAGAGAAACAAUCACACUUGACAAAAAUGGCUAUCGUCUCGGACCGCUUCUUGCCGACAGUGGUGACAUUGCUCGAAUUUUACUCUACACAUUAGCCAAGGAUGUGUGUCCUAAACAGAAAUUUAUUAUUGCUGCUCCUGCUGAGAUCAACCCCGAAGCCAAUAGAAUAGUGACAGAACUAAAUACAGAUUGUGUGGAAGAGGGUGUAAACAUACGUAUGUAUACCAAAGCCGAUCCACCAAUUAUAGCUGCCAAGUAUUUUAGCGUGUUUUCAGGUAACAUUGUUGGAUGAAGAGUUUUAACCAUUAUAAUUUUUGAGGGACUCUCACAAGGUCCUCACUACAUGUACACUGUACCUUUUUGUAGUAAUGUGCAUAGUGUUUACUUUUAGUUGUGUUAAUUAACUCAUUUCCUGUGGUUAACUUAAUUUACUUCCUGUAUUGUACUUUUCUGUUAUUGUGGUUUCUGUUUGUUAGUAGGUUCUUUCUGUAUAGUUGUUCUUUGUUCCCUUUGUGCCUAGCUAUAGGGGUCCGCUCCAGGCGGCUCUUUGUGUAUGGGAGCCUCUGCUCCACUGCCUUUUGUCUUGUACAUACUUAUACCUUUGUUCUUGUGCAGUUGUUGAAUACGAUUUCACUAAACUCAAA